AUGGACGCCCUGAGUGAGCGCUGCGAGGACCUCGCCAAGCCUGACAUCGGCAACUUCUCCAUCUCCAUCUUCAUCCUCGUCGGCAUCCUCGUUUCCUAUCUCCCGCAACAUGCCAAAAUCGUUCUCCGACGCUCGUCCGAAGGGCUGUCGCCGUGGUUCGUUCUCCUGGGAACAACGUCGGGCACCUGCGCCAUCGCGAACAUUCUCGUGCUACCUCGGAGCCGUGAGGACAUUGGCUGCUGCGACGAGAUCGACGGCUUCGCCUGUGGUGCCGCCCUCCUGGGCAUUGCCCAAGUCGGUGUGCAAUGGAGUUGUUUCUUCUUGAUCAUGCUCCUCUUUCUCGUCUUCUUCCCGCGUGAGGACACCGCUCCCCAGCAAGGGGAAGACGAGGCACACCAUUCUCGCUACACGUUCCAGCAAGCGCUUUUGGUCGUCGGCCUUUCCAUCGCCCAUUUCUUUGCCGUGUUUCUCGUCUCCGUCGUCCUUCUCGCCCGCUAUCCGCACAGCCUCCAACUGUGGGCUAAUAUCCUGGGCAUCAUGGCCACCUGUCUCGCGUCCAUACAAUAUGUCCCCCAGAUAUACACGACUUGGAAAUUGCAGCACGUGUACAGUCUGAGUAUUCCGAUGAUGCUUAUUCAGACCCCUGGCAGCUUUGUGUUUGCUGCCAGCCUGGCAGUGCGGCUUGGGGCUUCUGGUUGGAGUGCGUGGGGAGUGUACAUCGUGACGGGCUGCUUACAAGGCGUCCUCCUUGGUAUGGGGAUUUACUUCUGGGUCCGAGACAGGAAGGAGCAGAAGGCGCAGGCCAUCAGCGCUCCCGGUCAAGCAAAUGGUGCGAGUGAGCGUACUCCGUUGCUUCAUGGAAACGGGGAAGGAUCCAGAGAGUAG